CUUCACAAAAAGCUCAGCGGCGACACCCUUCGACGACCGACAUCACAACUCUUACCCAUCCACGAUUUCAGCGGUCGCUUUCUGCCCCGCUUGUUUACCGUUUACUACCUCAACAAUCGCAUCGCUUGACCGCGCAUUCGCAACCAUGGCUGCCGAGCAAUCGCAGACCCCGACCUUCAAGCUCGUCCUUGUUGGCGACGGUGGCACCGGAAAGACUACCUUUGUCAAGCGUCACUUGACUGGCGAGUUCGAGAAGAAGUACAUGGCCACCCUCGGUGUCGAAGUCCACCCUCUUGGCUUCUCGACCAACUUCGGCAACAUCCAGUUCGAUGUCUGGGAUACCGCUGGCCAGGAGAAGUUCGGCGGACUUCGUGACGGCUAUUACAUCAACGGCCAGUGCGGCAUCAUCAUGUUCGACGUCACCUCUCGCAUCACCUACAAGAACGUGCCCAACUGGCACCGCGACCUUGUCCGUGUCUGCGAGAACAUUCCCAUUGUUCUCUGCGGUAACAAGGUUGAUGUCAAGGAGCGCAAGGUCAAGGCCAAGACCAUUACUUUCCACCGCAAGAAGAACCUCCAGUACUACGACAUCUCGGCCAAGUCCAACUACAACUUUGAAAAGCCCUUCCUCUGGCUCGCCCGCAAGCUCGUCGGCAACCCUGCCCUCGACUUUGUGGCUGCCCCUGCGCUUGCCCCUCCUACGGCCCAGGUCGAUGAGAAGCUCCUAGCCGAGUACAAGAAGGAGAUGGACGAGGCUGCGGCCAUGCCCCUCCCUGGCGAGCAAUCUGACGACGAUUUGUAAGGAACGAACAUGUGUUUGGGUGCGACACUCGGCUCGUCACGAACAUGUGGAGCGAGGAAGUCUGCAUCGGCCGAGAAUCUGAACAAGAUUCAAUGACGGCACUCGGUAGCUGGGCAGUAGGCUGCCGCAUGCCAGAGGAGUGAACGGAGGAAACCUGUUCGGUGGACGGGCGGACCCUUUAGAAACGAACCGUGAUGAUGACACGCGUGCGCGAGUACCAGUGGACUCGUGCUAGCUCUAGCUAGAUAGGUUUAGCGAAUUCACCAGAGCUUUAUGCUCAUCC